AUGGCGGUGGUUGAGGAAGGCCAGCAGAAUAUGAAAUCUGGAGUGCCUGUCCUGAAAUGCCAGCGUCAAUUAAAUCUGACAGGGCCCUACCGAGUUUAUCCUCAAAGCAGCUGCAGCAGCAGUGAACUCUCUCUGCCAAGUGCCUGCAGUGAAUAUUCCAGUGGUUUCUCCUACACUUGGAACAAUGGAAGGACAUGCAAUAAAAAGUCAUCCGUUAAUUGGGAUAAAAGAAUAAGCACUGGUUCCUUGCUCCCCAGCAACCUUUCUAGUCCUGCUGAAGAUCUACUUUCAACCCAAAUCAAGGAAAACCAUAUUUUCCAAGGGCUGAAGAAGCUAUAAAAGCAAAAAAAAAAUAAUCUUGAGCCAUCUUCCAUCAUAUCCAAAUGGGGAUACAAUGACUGCAUGGAUUCUAAUGAAGGAAUCUAUUCCCCUGGAAUUAAGUGCAGCAGUUAUAAAGAAGAGGCAAAUUGCACAGCAGAGGAAAUGGACACUAUUUUCAUGGAGAACCAGAAAACCUUCACAUAUGAUUCUGAUUUGCAUGAGGAUGCCGAAGACAAGUCUUCCUCUUUAGCACUGCUGUAUGAAGUAUCGAGCAAAGACUGUAAGCACUACUGUAAUAAAUUAACUCACAGUGGUUCUGACAGCCUAUUUGGUCUGAAGCCUGAUAGAAGACAUUUACCAGAAAGAGGGUUUUGUUUUAAUUCAAAGGAAAGGCCUGAAAAACUGACUAUUUUUGUCAAUGAAUUUCAGUCAGAGACAAAAUCAUGCACAAAUGUGGAGGUAUUUGUGUUACAGAUAGAUAAAAGUCUUGCUAAUGUGGGCUGGAGGGACCUUAAUUUACACAUCUCAGAUACGGAUGAGAAUGAAAUCCUUGAUGAAUUGCAUAUAGAAAGUAAUUAUGAGAAAAAUCCAUCAGAUUUGUCAUUAAUUCCCUUAGUUGUCAAGCAUGCAGAGAACACCGAUGGGCUGGUAAGGACAAAAAAUUCCCAACUGGUAUCUUCUGAAAAGCAAGCGAAACAGGUACCCCCUCCCUCAAACAUUAAAAAACAAAAAGUUAUCAAGAAGACUUCCUCGGAAGAAUGUGUUACUGUUAUUUUUGAUGCUGAAGAUGGAAAACCAGUUGAAUUUAACUCACAUCAAACUGGAGUUGUCACUGGAACUAGAAAUGAACUGUCAAUAAACCACCCAUACACUGGACCCAACAAAGAAUACACUGAAUGUUUACCUCAGAGAAUAGCAAAUUUGCAGAACGAAGCCUCCAGAAGCCCGCUGCGUGCAGUGUGGCUGAGGAGGGAAUUUUGCCCCCCCUUGGAGGGAGAGCGGAUCCUUCGGCGCGCUUCUGAGCGCGUUCGGAGUGGGCGGGGCUUCAGCGUUGUUUCUGAAGCCCCGUCCGACGCCGUGGCAGUCUUCCCGGCGUUUUUGGUUUGA